UGGGUCCGAAUUUCUGUAAUGAAUGACGGCCGAACAACGCUAACCCUAAUCGUGGCUCCACCUUGCACCUAUAAAAACCAACUCAUUUGCUUAACUGCAUCUUUGUUCACCUCCGAGGGUUUUCUGGAGCAGCUCUGACCACAACUUGUAGCCAUGGUGAACGUUCCUAAGACAAAGAAAACAUACUGUAAGAGCAAGGAGUGUAGGAAGCACACCUUGCACAAGGUUACACAGUACAAGAAGGGCAAGGAUAGCCUUGCUGUUCAAGGAAAGCGCCGCUAUGACCGUAAACAAUCUGGUUAUGGAGGACAGACCAAACCUGUCUUCCACAAAAAGGCUAAGACUACCAAGAAGAUUGUGCUGAGGUUGCAGUGCCAGGGUUGCAAGCAUGUUUCCCAGCAUCCAAUUAAGAGGUGCAAGCAUUUUGAGAUCGGUGGCGACAAGAAGGGGAAGGGGACUUCUCUUUUCUAAGUGCAUUCUUCUGUUUUUUUUUGGCUUCCAAUGUUGGACCAUGAAAGCUAAAAUCUUGGAUUUUUUUUUUAGUUUUUCUUUUUUGUUAAUCUAAUGGCGUCUUGUAGCAACCAUCAAAUUGUUUCUUAUCCCUGUUUAUGAUAGCUGUUGUGGUUAGAGAUUAAA